AUGAGGUUGAGAGUUGUAAAAAAGAUUUCGGUUGGCUUUGGAGUGGUAGAUGGUGUCUGGGUGUCUCGAUCUAUUUAUAGAGCUUGGACUUUGGAGCUGUCAUCUACGCCGGCUAAGAAACUUGUCCAAAUUCCGAGCAAGGAGUCAACACGGCCCGGAUGCCGGGACAUGAGUUCAAUAAAACAUGGCCAACGACUUGACUCGGCAUGA